CGAACUUCGAUCUGUGCAGUCGUACUGAUUGUUAAAAUAUUAUUUAAAAAAAUAAAUACACAACGAGCUUUUAUUCUUAAAAUUAAUCACAAUGGGCACCGUGCAAUCAGGAGCAGUUGUGACCGUUGAACACACCUGGGUGCACUCGUCCCCCCACGCCCCCCUGCCCCCCUACGCGGUAAUCGGCGGCUAUGAUGCGGACCGCUCACCCAUCUAUGUGGGUCGAUCCUUUCACGAGGGCGAGAACCUGCCGGCCAAGGUCAUACCGAGCAAGGGAUGCGCCUACGUGGCCUAUGGCGGUGCCGAGCACGCCAAGCACCACUACGAGGUGCUGGUGGGUCAGGGAUUUGCCUGGGUGCCCAGUGCCAGUGGCGGUGUGCCACCGAAUGCGGUGCGUAGCGGCACCACCCGCACCGGCGAGCCCCUCUACGUGGGACGCGGCCAUCACGCCGGAAGCCAAACUGUCGGGAAGGUUCAUCCCUCACACGGAUGCCUCUAUAUUCCCUUUGGCGGCCAGGAGGUGCGCAUCAACACGUACGAGGUGCUGAUCUAUCAGCGCCACGACACCUGGGUGGCUGCCUCGCCCGGAUAUAUGCCUCCCGGGGCCGUGGUUGCCGGACACGACUCCGACCGGACACCCAUCUACGCCGGACGGGCGCUGCACGAGGGCGAAAUGCUUCCCGCCAAGGUGGUGCCCAGCAAAGGAUGCGCCUACGUCUGCUACGGUGGCUACGAGAUCCAAAAGUACAACUACGAGGUUCUCACUGGACAUGGAUAUAUGUGGGCUCGUUCCGGACAUCAUAUUCCUCCAAAUGCCGUCACUACCGGACGGGCUCGGAACGGAGAGAUCUUGUACUAUGGACGUGGUCACUAUCAGGGCAGUCUGACUCCGGGUCUGGUCUCUGCCAGCCAGAGGUGUCUGUACAUUCCGUACGGAAAUCGGGAGAUUCGUAUCAACGACUACGAGAUCCUUAUUCGUCAGUGAGAUGGAAGAAAGGAUUUCCAAGCCAUAACCAUAAUGCAUUUGUCCUAGCCGAGAUCAAAGAUUGUAAUUAAAACUGAAAAACCCAAUAAAAUGACUGUUAAUUCCUAUAUAACCCUAA